GCGCCGCUCCAAUCUUCCUCCCUCUCGUCUCUUCACACUGUGACACGAACCAAGAAGGAAAAAACCCCAAAAAAAUAUAUCGUCUCUUUCCUUUCCAUUUUCCCUUUUGAAAUCCGAAACCCUUCUCCAUCGAUUAACUUUCUUCGUCCUUCUGAGAGACAAAACAAGGAUAAUCCCUUUUUCUCAUUCCACCUCGGAAUCGAGGAGAUCCCGGCGUAAAACGCGCCAUCCGAGCGCCGAUCAGCUUCUAAAUUGACGGGGAGAAAGGAGAGAUAGAUAUCGUCGGCCGGCGAGGCUAUCCGA